UGUUAUUAAACUGUUAAAAGAGCUGUGAACCUUUUCUCAAAGACAAAACCAGCUAAUCUAAUAAAAACACUGAAAAUUCAAUAUGUAUAAGGCAGUUAGUGAACAUAUUGUGGGCGGUCUGUGACGUCUGGGGCAGACACUAAUCCAUCAACUUCCUUGAUGCCACAACUCGCUCACAACAGCACUGAGGAAUAAACAUCACCCUGCUGCAGGUUACCUGUGAGAAACAGAAAUCUUCAUUCUGCAUGACAUGUUCAGAAGAACAAAAGGUUCUUUUCCCCUCAUUUACACUGGAAAAACAAAUGUAUAAAAUAAAUAAAAAAAUCACUAUGUCGACAAUAAACGCUGAAGACAACAGGGAUUCCUGCACAUCUUUCAAUGGACUGAAUGAUUUUGAUCAGGAGGGAUCAGAUUCACCUGCGACCAGUGUUUUGUCUUUAAAGAGUGACCGAUCAAUGCAAAUGCCAAUUCACUUUACAGAUAAAACACAUCUUCCAGAUCUAAGUUUGGUGGACAGAUCAGACUCUUCAGGUCCUAGUGUUUUGUCCCUGAAGAGCGACCGAUCAAUGCAAAUGCCAAUUCAUUUGAAAAAUGGAUCAAUGGAAAAAAGUUUUCAGCAGGAGAGAUCAGACUCAUCUGCCCUAAGUGUUUUGUCUAUGAAGAGUGACCGAUCAAUGCAAAUGCCAAUUCAUCUGAAAAAUGGAUCAGAGGGAAAAAGUCUUCAGAAGGAGAGAUCAGACUCAUCUGCCCCAAGUGUUUUGUCUAUGAAGAGUGAUCGAUCGAUGCAAAUGCCAAUUCAUCUGAAUGGAUCACCUCCACUGACACUAAGGGAUUCACUAACAAAAUCAUGUCAGAACGCUGUGAAGACUGGCAGCUUUCCUGGAGAAUUCAUUCAUCAGUAGGUUCAGUGCAUCAAGAUUAUUAUUUAUAGUGUCUGUAUUUGUGCAUAUUUUCUGAC